GACCGCGCCUGCGCGAGGGCCCUAAACCGACACUGCCCCUGCCGCCUGUCGUGGUAUAGCCUGGCGGCUCUGGUGGCCGACUCCGACAGCAUGGCCAGGGCGCCCAGAAGUUCGAGCAGCUCCUCGGACGACGAUGUGUCAUGGCGGUUCAACCUGUUCAAGUGGACCUGGAAGGAACGCACAGAGAACAAUGGACAGGGCGGGCACACCAGCCGAAACAACACCACCCAAAACACCAGUCGUACUCAGCAGACGACCGAACCGACGGACAAGCCGGCGGCUGCCGAUGCAAGUACCCGAGGACUCGGAGGACGACGAUACGUCGCCGCCGAGGGAGAAGUGCAGCAUCUGCCUGAGGACCUUUCGCGAGGCGGACACCCUGAGGCAGCUGCCCUGCGGACACUUGUUCCACAGCCGCUGCGUGACAUCCUGGCUUCGGAGGAACAACAUCUGUCCGGUGUGCCGGACCCAUCUCGCUCCACCGACGCGUAGGCGAAGACAACGCAGCCGCAUCGAAGCCUGAGCCGUCGGAGUCCGUUCUCGUGAUAUUUCACAAAUAUAUGUCGAAACUCGACAGUGUUUCAACAAUUUUGCGCGCUCGUUAUAACUAUAUCCGAUCCCACCGACCUCGGAACGAUACGGGAAAUCCUCGUUCGGAACUUAUCAGCACGCCAAUAAAAUCUGCAACGAUCCCAAAUCCGGAAACCGUUGCAAAAACGGCC